GCGCUGCAGCGCCGCGGCCCGCGGGCGAGGCCCCUGGUAAACAGCCGAGGCCAGGCUGGAGCCGAGCGGGGUGGAGGGCGCGGGCUGCGGCCGGAGCUCGCAGGGUCCCAGUCCCAAUACCGGAUGGAGCGAGGGGAAGAGCUGCAAGUCCCAGAUCUCAGCAAAGGCGCGGACGACGAGAGCUGGCCGAGCCCCCAAACAGGUGAGAGGCUGGCGAGCGUGGCCGGGGCAGAGGAUGCUGCACCGGGAAGGGGCAGCACCAGCACUGAUGUGGAGCUGGUGGGAGGAGCGUGGCACAAAGACCCUGCUGCGGGGGCAGAGGAGGCAGUGCCAGGAGGCGGCGCCACGGUGGAGGAGGCGGUGCCGGGAGAUAGCGCCGAUGCAGAGCCGGCGCAGCACAGAGACCCCACCGUCAGGUGGCCCUUUAAAUCCGGCGAGUGUGGGAAGAGCUUCCGGCAGAGCGCCACGCUGACCAGGCACCAGCUGCUGCAUGCGAGCGAGAGGCCUUAUGUCUGCACCACCUGCAGCAAAGGCUUUUGCGACGGCGCGGCGCUGGCCGCGCACCAACGGGGGCACACGGGCGAGCGCCCCUUCCCCUGCCUGGCGUGCGGCAAGGCCUUUGCCGGCAGCUCGGCGCUGCUGGUGCACCAGCGCGUGCACACCGGCGAGCGCCCCUACCGCUGCGGGGAGUGCGGGCAGAGCUUCCGGCAGAGCGCCCACCUGGCGCAGCACCAGCAGGGCACCCACGCCGGCCCGCGCCCCCACGCCUGCGCUCAUUGCGGCAGGAGCUUCGGGCUGCGCUGCACGCUGGCGCAGCACUUGCGGACGCACCGUGUCGAGCAGCCCCACGCCUGCCCCGACUGCCCCCGCCGCUUCCGCCACCGCGCCCACCUGCUCCGGCACCGGCUGGCGCACACGGGCGAGCGCCCCUUCCCCUGCCCGGUCUGCGGCAAAGCCUUUGCCCUGAGCGCCACGUUGCUGCGGCACCAGCUGGUGCACACGGGCGAGCGGCCCCACCGCUGUGAGGAGUGCGGGCGCAGCUACACGCAGAGCUCCUACCUGCGCCAGCACCAGCGCAGUGCCCACGCUGGCCAGCGCCCCCACACCUGCCCUGACUGCGGCCAGGCCUUCGCCGACCGCACCAACCUCCUGCGGCACCAGCGGGGCCACACGGCCGCCCGGCCCCACCCCUGCGCUGAGUGCGGGCGGCGCUUUGCCCAGCUGGCCAGUCUGGUGGAGCACCGCCGGCGGCACACGGGCGAGAAACCCCACGCGUGCCCCCGCUGCGGGCGCUGCUUCCGCCACCACUCGGCCCUGCUCCGCCACCAGCGCGCCCAUGCCGGGGAGCGCCCCUUCCGCUGCGCGCAGUGCGGCCGUGGCUUCACCCGCAGCUCCAACCUCCUGCUGCACCAGCGGGUGCAUGCUGCUGAGUGACAUCCCAGCCUCCAGGACAGCACCGGCAUCCGGUGCCUCCCACGCCCCGCAUGCGGGGAUGGGCCUGGCCUGGCCCUGACCGGAGUCCGCACUCUUGCAUGGCCACUGCCCAGGAAUGGGGGUGGCUGGACCCGGCCGGGUACUGAGUGUGAGUGAAGCUGCUGCCAGCAGUCACGGUUUCUCCAGCCCCACGUAGCAACAUGGGGGCAGAGCUUCCUGCAGGGUAGGGCCCUGCUCAGGGGUGGAACUCAGGGAAUGGGGGCUGUGCCCAGGCAGUGCCUGA